CUCCAGUUUCAGCUAAAAACGACUAUAGACUGCGAGUCCCUAUUUUUUUUGCAUGAUAACGAAAGGCAGUCUAUGUCCCGAAGUAUUGCGUUGUAAUGGUUGGGUUCAGAGGAGCCAGUGGCUUCUUGCUGCUGCUGCUCUUUGUAUUAGUCAAUAAUCUCGGUAACAAUGCAGUGAAUGCACAGGGACUCAGUGCUGAAGAAAGCACGGGGAAGGCGCCGAACAGGAGUCAGGCGGAUGCAGGCAGUGUACAAAACACGACUGUUGGUGGCAGUUGCCUCGCGCAGUGGCUGCUGCUGGCGGGUGCCGGGCAGAAAGAAGCGCAGCGCCUGUCCAAAUCGUCUCCCAUCGUAGAAGUAGGCCUGGACGAGCGCAUGAUAUCGCGUUUCAGUCACUUCGUUCUCAGUCUGCUGUUGGGAUUCAACGACGAGCUGGCAAGCAAACUCAAGGAUUGUGUUGAUCGGAACUCCACUUGUCCAGCCGUUGCUCAAGUUGAGGAAGCCAUGAACUGGCCAUGUGGACAGACUGGAACAUGCCGGUUCAAUCGUACACUGCAGAGCACGACGUGCGCUUGCCCUCUGGGCUUGAGUGGAGAGCAAUGCGAACACGAUAUUGACGAGUGCAAGGUUACAUCGAUGAACAACUGCGGCGAGCCAUCCACUGCCACCUGUAACAACACAUUUGGCUCCUUCCUCUGUUCUUGUCGUCUGGGUUACUAUGGCAACGGACAAGUUUGCAAAGAUGUGGAUGAGUGUACAGUGGAAUCAGAACCAUGCGAUCAACACGCCAACUGCUCUAACUCAGUAGGUUACUACACGUGUACCUGUGACAUUGGGUACAGUGGAGAUGGGCACAGCUGCGAAGAUCUUAACGAGUGUGCAGUGGACGCGCUGAACACGUGUGCAAACUCGACGUAUGCUCUCUGCUACAACAUCAUGGGAUCGUAUGUGUGCGAAUGCCGUCCUGGAUUCACUGGGAAUGGCCGCGCAUGCCAGGACGUGGAUGAGUGCAACGUGGGAUCAGAGGAGCGGAUCUGCGGCGACCACGCAAACUGUAGCAAUACCCUGGGGUCCUAUCGCUGCGUGUGUGACCGUGGCUAUACGGGUGACGGACAGCGCUGCGAAGAGGACAGCUGCGCCAUCGAUUCGAACUCUCCUCUAUGCAGGGAGGUGAAGCAACUGAAGCAGAAUGUAGAGAGUCUUGAGAAGAAGCUGGGUACGCGUGACAAGAAGGUUGAUCAACUGCUGAGAGAGAUGAGAGCCAUGAGCAGCGUGUUCACAACGUACCACGUGCAGAUUUCGGAGAUGGCACGCAGAGUGCGGCAUACGGAAACCCUGCUUUCGGCACAGACCAAAGUUAUUACUGCAAAAACCAAGGUUCUCACAGCAAAGACCGACAUGAUCUCAGCUGACCUUAAUCGUACAAAAGGACGGCUGUUAGUGACAGAAAGCAACUGUGGUGUAGUGGCGUGGAAGUCGUUCAGACAAACUACAGGAAGCUCCUCUUUACCAUCAUGGAAUGUGAUGUACAACAAGACACGCAGUGACACUGUGUUGCGGGUAACCUACACGUCAGCAUUCGGUUCUCAGCGUACUAGCACCUGGAAUUCAUUCACUAUCUCUAUUCUCAUCAACAACGCGGAGUGUCAAGAUCCUGGUCCUAUUAGAAGUGGUGUAACCGGCUAUGCGUCCAGUGGUGCUGAUCGCACUGUGACUCCUGGUUCUAUCAGUGGCAUAUGUAAUAUCAACACUGCUGGUCCACUCAAGUUAUCCACAAAAUUCACCCGGUACUCUAGUAGCUAUUACAUGUAUGAUGGGUACAGUUACAAUAGUGUUAACCGACUGGUAGCCACUCUUCACGUUGAAGAACUGUGUAGUAACUAGCGCAUGUAUUUCAAUAACCCAGUUCUGCAUCAUAACAUGUCAAAAGGACAUUUUCCAAGUAGAUUUGUAGUGCUCACCUACUUUUCCUUUCGCUGUCCAAUGCGCUCAAUAGUAAUUUGGAAUCUACAAGUAUUUUUAUGACGCCUGCUCCUCGCCAUUUUGUAAACGUUGCUCAUGAAAUGCACCUACACCGUCAUGUAUUGACUUGUUAUUAUGUAGAUUUUUUGGUCAAAACUCUACAAUCUAACGUUUCACUUGCCAAGCGGUGUACUUGGAAUAUCAUUUAUCCUUUUGCGCCUGCCUCCCUUUUGCGCCUGCCUCCCUUUUGCGCCUGCCUCCCUUUUGCGCCUGCCUCCCUUUUGCGCCUGCCUCCCUUUUGCGCCUGCCUCCCUUUUGCGCCUGCCUCCCUUUUGCGCCUGCCUUUCGUUCCUGCAGUGUUUUAAAGUAUUGCAUACAUAGAGAACCUUUUGCUUGUUUUGUUUUGCUUUGUUUUCAUCAUGUUUUUGACACACAUUUUAUUAGCUUUGGGUUCUUUUCAAUUAAAAUAUUGCAUUUUCAUAAAUCUGGA